GCGAGCCCCGGAGGAGCGGCCGCGGCGGGGGGCGGAGCGUGGGGCCGCGGGAGCGCACGGGAGGAGCGGAACCGGGAGCGCGAGCAGGGCCGGAGCCAUGCAGGCGGCGGCGCGGGGGCUCCGCCGGGCCUGGGCAGCGCCCGGCAGCGCCGCGCUCAGUUGCUGGCUGCCCCAGACAGUGCAGCUUCGAGGAAGUCACUGGGAGACCUCCCUGCUGGCGUUCAGGGCAUCCCUCCCCGUGAGAGCACAGCCAAAGAAAAAAAAGAAGGUGGAUGUAAAGAGAGAGCAAGCACAGAAGGAUCGUAUGAAAAAGAAGAUCAAAAAGUUGGAAAAAGCUGCCCCAGAAUUGAUUCCAAUUGAGGAUUUUGAAACACCACUUAAGUUCUCGGAUAACAGCAGGGUGCGAAGUCUUCCCCCUCUGUCAUUUGAGGAGACAGAAAGAAGAGUUUUACUUAUGAAAAAGUGGUCUGCAUAUAAGCAGAGCCAAGACAGGGCAGAAAAGCAAGCAAUUCGGAGCCUUGUAGAAGCCCAACAAGAGGCACUAAAGGAACUGCGCCUUGAGUCUGAAGAGCUCUAUCAGGCAGCAAUCAGACGAGAUGAGGGGCUUUUCCCCUUUGAGAGGGAUGGACCUAAUUAUACCCCACCACUUCCUGGGUACGAUCCUCCCGAAGGAAAAUGCAUCGAUAUCACCAAAGUGUACACACAGUGACAGAAGAGUUUAUUGUUCAUCCAGCAUAAGCUGCUCAGCCAACUGAAAAAGGAAAGAACGGAAUGAGAAUUAAUUCCUUCUGCACAUUAAAACACCGUAGGUAUGCGAUGGUGAAAAAAACAUGGAACAGAAUAUCCAUGAAGUGUCUGCUGGUGUUGUUUUUAAACUGGCAACAUAUGGAAUAAAACAUUCAACAGAGCUAA